AUGCAACAGUUUAGGUUGUUGCAAAGAUGUCCAAGGUGGCCUACUGACAAUUUGGAUAAAUCUGUGCAUUGUGUAAAGUUGACAGGAAAGUCCACUGUCAAUUGGAGAACGCAGCAUGAACAAUACUACCAACGUUGGAACAUGCGAGCUGAACUUCUAGUUGGGGAUGACCAUUUUGAUUCAAGUGUGGACUACACAACAUGGUACCAGCAAAAUGGUCACCUAUUCACGACACCAGAGGCGGCUGCCCAUAUGUACCAGAUUAAUGUCACUAAUCGAGAAGGGUUAUGUGUCAUAUCUGAUCGUCAUCCUGGUAUAAUGGCAGCGAUACGAACUAUAUGUCAAUUGACACGUUGGUAUCAUCGUUUUUGCCUUCGCCAUGUGGCUAGCAAUUUCAAUCAACAAAUUGGGAAUAAAAACUUGAAGGCUAUGGUAAUGUGGGCAGACAUGGAGAAUCAAUUACGAAAGUAUCAAAUCACCAGGGAUAGAAUUACUCAAUUAAGUGCAGAUGGUGAGAAUUAUUUAAGGGAAAUACCAGUGGAAAAGUGGACGUUAGCAUACGAUGGUGGACAUCGUUAUGGGGCAAUGACCACAAACUUGUCUGAAAACUUCAACGAAAUUCUAAAGAGUGCUAGAAAUCUGCCCAUAACUGCAUUAGUUGAACUUACAUACUAUCGUUGUGUCGCCUACUUUGCCGAUCGGUAUACUAAGGCAUGUGCAGAGGUUACUGCCGGUGAACGCAUUACGGCUUAUGCAAAGAAUAAAUUCAAUAAAUGGGAAAAAAAAGCACUAAAGCAUUCAGUUACUGUGUUCAGUCAUGAAAAUGGUCUGUUUGAAGUCAGAACACCAAUAAACCCUAACUUUGCAUAUAGGGGUAAUCAUCGUCAUGAGGUAAAUUUGAGGCAGAACACUUGUAGUUGUAAAAAAUGGCAGGUUUAUAAGAUUCCGUGCUCACAUGUCAUUGUCGUAUGUAAAUAUCAAGGCAUCUCUGCAAUGCAAUAUAUCGACCGUUGCUACCAUUUGGAAGAACAAGUUGCUUGUUAUGCACUUAGAUUUCGCACGGUUCCAGACAGUGUACAUUGGAAUGAGCCUAAUUUCCCGGUCUUGUAUCCUAAUGUCAAGCUGCGCCGUGAAAAAGGUCGACCAAGAACAACUCGGCUUCGAAAUGAAAUGGACGAAGGGGCAGAGCAUCAACCAAGGCCAUUGUGCAGUCUCUGUAGGCAAAAAGGCCAUAAUAGAAGAACAUGCCCCACUCAAACUGUGGCUGGCUCCACUAGUGGCUAA